UGAAAUAAAUACUGAGAGAUUUGUCAAAGCAAGAAAAUCACGUCAGAAAGGAAAUUAUUAUUAAAUUUUAUUUUCUUGUGUUGUGCGUUGGUUUAUAGUUCGCACAAGAGUAUUCUAAAAAUAUAUUGUUUGUUAGUAAAAUAAUAGUCUGCAAAAUUAUUGAAUUUAAUAGUGGUGUUAUCUAGAUUGAUCAUCUGAGACAAAGAGCAAGUAUAUCGAACAUACAUUAUUAGCCAAAACAGUACAUUAGCCUGCAAAACAUGAGAAAAUGUUUGACCGACCAAGGUGUCGCGAUUGGGCCCCUCUAUCGACUCAGCAACUAAGACUGCGCACAUUGAUUCAGAUUUCCGGACACAACAUAGCAUGCGAAUAUUCAAAAUGCUCUGUCUAUUUCACCCUGCACACGACCACAAUGUCCGCCCCGUUUUACACCAGCGAAAAAAUGGACAUCCACAGCAACGUAAUAUGGCCGGAGAUUCAUUGCAAGAUGAUGAUCAAAUCUUCGCUUCGAUGCGUUUGUGUGCGUGUUUGGCAGCAUAGGUUGUGUGGUCAAGAUGCAACGGCUUGUACGACAGAUGAAGAUGAUGCUAGUUCUAGUGCAGAAGAGGACAAACAGCUUUUCUUGUGGGGUGUCUACUUUUCUGGAUUGGUACCUCUGACGAGGCGAAGCGAAAAACGUUUGAAAGAAAAUACGUUAGUAUUCCAACUGCACGGUGGCUUCUUUACCUCGGCGGAACACAUUCUGGAUAGCGAGGAACAAUCCCCCACGGCAAAGACAAAGUUAGGCGUGCUUCUCGGAAAACCCGAUAUGCUCUGUGAUAAUAGAAAUAGUUCUCCUUCAAGUUGGUAUGCUUCGAACAGCUUACUUAAUGUGGAGGGUAAUAAAAACAGCGUGAAAACUAGAACCGGAACGUCACCUUCAAGCUCGUCAGGACGUUUGCCAAUCCAAUCAAAUUCACCAGACAACACGCUUUCAUUUCCUAUUCGGACAACUGUUAGUCCCACUCCAACAGAAGCUGAAAGUAACCUGAAAAUUCGAUACCUCUUUAUGGAAUUUCUGAAAUCGGAAAUUCGACCCAGCUACGAUGCAAAAAGACUACUCGCGGUUCAAGAGCGUCAGCGGCGAAUUAAGUAUGAGAGCGAGAGUGCGAAGGAAAUCACCGACCGUAUUUGCAUGAAGAGCGCCUACUGUCUUAACUUGGACCUUUUCAGCGACAAGCAACUAAUAUAUCGCUCUUCCGUAUCUUCGCAGCAAAAUCGGGGAGGGAUGGGCAAGCAGCUUAGCCGACUGCUAUACCAAGAGCGUGAACCUUUGAAACCCGAAAUUUUGCUAAAAGGCCAAGAUCUACGUAGGCAAAUCGAGCUGGCUCGAUUCCGCUCUCGCAUUUUGCUACAAGAAAAAGAUCGUAUUCGGAGCAGCAUUCGAAAGCUACAGCAAAAGUUGAACACCAUGGCCGAUAGUAACAUCGACCGCGAAUCGGCCCUGAUGGCCAGCUAUCGGAACUGCGGCAAAGAAAAGGAACUCUUGUACCAGCAGAAACUGGCGUAUGCUAAUGAGAAGGAAAGCUACAGAGAUCUGAGGACAAAAGUUUUGGCCGCUAGGCACCGGCUGCUGAGGGGACUGAACGAAAUUUAUUGUAUAAAAAAGCACAGUAACGGUACUUAUACAAUUAACGACGUCCCUCUGCCGAAUGCUGAAUCUUACACGGACUCAACUCCAGCGCUGGCACUAAGCGUUGCACUAGGAUAUGUGGCCCAUGCUGUGCUGAUGUGUUCAUCGACUCUAAAUAUUCCUCUUAGAAACCCAAUUAAGUAUGAGGGAUCGCGAUCCAAAAUGCUCGAUUGUAUCAAGGUUUUACCUACGGCAGAUCGAGAAUUUCCUCUCUACUGUCGAUCGGGACCACCGACCAACGCGCUGCUGUACGCGGUGUUCUUACUCAACCAAAACAUUUCCCAGUUAAAGUACUAUCUAUGCCUGAGCCGUGGUGAUCCCCGUGCUACUUUGACAAACCUGACUGACAUUCUUAACGUAUCGUCGAUUAAUGUGCUGAGUCGCGAUAUCGAGGAACCCUUCCAGACUAUACGGACUUCCGUCUCUGGUUCAUCGUCGGUAGAAUUAGAUGUUCCACUCACUUUCAAUCAACUUUCGUUAACGGGCCUGAAGGAAAGCAAGUCUGCUUCCAGGAUAUCACGGUCCGUUGACAACUACAGCGAUUCGGACAAAAACGGAGAAAAAAGAAAUGGUAAGUUUGCCUCAGAUCCAAUUUUAGUUCAAGGACAGUUGAAAGUGACCGGUUUUGAUAUUAAUAAAAAGUUUUGAGUGUCGUAUUGUGUCACAAAAAGUAGAAUUACUGGAGUUUUCAAAUAUGUAUUAUCAACCAAUUCGUUAAAGAAUUUAUUCAAAAAUAGGGGAAAUAGUGCAGAAGUAGUUAAUGCAUCGGAAAGCGAUAAUAUAAAUAGAUGAA